AUGUCAACAUUCGCAAGAAGAAGAAUAAUACAAGAUUUAAAUAAAGUUAAUAGAGAACAAAAUAAAAGUUUUGAAGCAUCUCCUUUUGCUGAUAAUAUAAUGUGUUGUCAUGCUAUUAUAAGAGGUCCACAAGAUACUAUUUGGGAAUGUGGGAUUUUUCAUCUAAUUAUUAAUUUUUCAGAAGAAUAUCCAAUAUGCCCACCAAAAUUAAAAUUUUUAUCAAAAAUAUUUCAUCCAAAUAUAUAUACAGAUGGAAACAUUUGUUUAGAUAUUUUACAAAAUCAGUGGAGUCCUAUUUAUGACAUUACCUCGUUGUUAACUUCUAUUCAAUCGUUACUUAAUGAUCCUAAUACUUCUUCUCCUGCUAAUCCGGAAGCAGCUAGAAUCUUUAUUAAUAAUAAAACGUUAUAUAAUAAAAGAGUAUUGAUGUGUGUUGAAGACAGUUGGGAGAUACCAAAGUUUAAUAUUAAUAAUUUGAAUUAA